AUGAGGCAUUCAAAAGUAGUUAAGAGAAGCACUACAGAAGAACUUGAGCGCUGCAGAGAAAAGUGUAUGUGUAAUAAGGAGGAAAAGGUGCGGCUACAAGAUAUCUGGCGAGAAGCACAGUUUACAGGACUUCCUAAACUAAGGGAGAAAAAAAGUCUGGUGGAUCCGUCGAAACCCCUUCCUACUUCCCUUCAGAAUGAGUUCAUCCCUCAGGGAGUUCUACUUUCUCUGACCUAUACAGCCAAUGCUGGUCCUUGUCCUGAAAACUUACUGCCUCCUAAGAAAAUUAAAACCCCAAAGGGUACUCUUCCACGCCCUGUUGACCACGUUUGGCAUAACCCUAUUCGAAGAAAUAAGUUCAAAUAUCUGAUUGACCAUCCCGUUUCCCUAACGGGAGCUGGAAGGGAUAUUUCUUUUCUGUACGAUGUUAAAUAUGUUAAAGGAGAGACUAGGGAGAGCGCAGUUUGUUCCCCACAAAUGGAUUGUUCAUUACAGUCACGUGAUGGUGUCCUUGUGCCUCGUAAGCCAAAGAAACUAACAGAUACUUUGAUUCCUGAAGAAUUUCAUAUUGUGUCAAAUACAGGAGUUUCAGGUUUGGAGUGUUAUGAUGACAAAUAUACUACUCUCCUCACAGAUAGUGAAAAUAGACUAUUGCUCUUCCCAUCCAUGAAACCUAAUAAAAGAGUAGAAGUGGUCCAGCUGAAUGAUGUGAUGGAUGCUAUGCUAGAGAGGGCUGGUGUGGAAAAUCAGGCAUAUACAGGGCCAACCAAGAUGCACAAACUACUUCAUAUAUUGAAGAAGGAACAGACCAUUUAUAAUAUAGUAUUUCAUGAACUUAUUCGACAAGUCAGUGUGGACUGUGCAGAUAGAGGAGAACUACUAUCCAAAAUCAGAGAGCGGUAUGUAUAAAUGCUUGAUCAAAUUGCCUGGCAUAUGACUGACUUCUACAAAGACAUGGUAACUCAGCGAGUGAUGGACCAGCGCAUUUUAGAAGAACUGUUCAAUUUUAAUAAUGUUAUUGAGGAACUGAUCAGGGAGCUGUGUUUGGUUCAGGCACAUGAUAUGAAAUUAACAAAGGAAGCAGAGAAGGCCCACAGAGCUUUGGCACAAGCUCUUUUAGACGCUGAAAAGAAUGCCAGAAUUGUAGAAGAAUAUCAUGACUUAUAUACGUUACAAAGAGGAAGGAUGGAGAGUGAUAUUAAACAGUUAAUGGCAGAAAGAGAUAUCUGGAGCUCAGCCACAUAUGAAUUGUCCAUAAAGGUAAUUGAAAGAAAUAAAGUCAUGUUGGCUAAAAGACUUUACCUCAAUGAAAAAGGCUGGAAUAAAUAUACUAAGCAUUUCAUCAUACUGCUGUCAACUAAGGACACUGCAGACCUUGCACUGUUGCAGAAGUUGACGGAGAAAUGGAGAAACUUAGUGAAUAAAUUUAAACAGGAAGUGGAACAAAAUGAAGAGUCUACAAGAGAAAAAUUGCAAAGUGUUAAGGAUGGCCUCAUCAAAUGGCAGCAGUUCUUCAGAAAUAAUAUUGGAAAAGACAUUCUAUCCCCUAGUAAAGAAAAUAGAUUUGAAUCAGUUGUUCAAGACUUCAAGCAGUGGCAAAAGAUGUUGACUGAAGACAAAGACAAAUUUUCUGGGGAUCUCCUAGUGUCAAAAUAUGAUUGUCUCAAGAUUAUUAAACGUUUACAGGAAAGCUGGGCAGAUAUUGGGCUUGGGAUAUUUAGUCACCAUAAAAGUAUGGAGGGAAAGUUACCACCAGAGCAGAAGCACAUGGAGGAAAUUGUGAAAAGUACAGGAAGACUCUACAAAGAAUUUGAAAUAAGAAUAAAUGGGGAUAAUGGUAUCUCUAAAAUUCUUCCAAGUUUGGUUAGUUCUCUUGAAUUCUGUUCUUUCAAGUUGGAAAGCCUGCUGGAGUUUCCUGAACUGCUUCUUGAAGAAUGGGAGGGACUUAAUGAAAAAAGUAAUGAAAUGAAAUCUCAGUUGGAUGCAUCGUUAAACGUUAUUGGUACUGUUCCGCAGUACAUAGAUGUGGAUUCUGGCUCGUAA